ACUCGAUUAUCGUUAUAGUUCCAUAGACUGUGAUAUCACUCCGCGUUAGCCAUAAGAAUCGGUUACAUUUGUUGAGGUCGGUUGUUCUUUGGCGUUCACGUGAGUCGGUGUCACGAAAAUUUUACUUACGUUUCGGGUGUGAAUUAUAAAGUUGUACGUAGCGAAUUAUUUGACAAAAUGAGAGAAUGCAUUUCUGUACAUAUUGGCCAAGCUGGCGUGCAAAUUGGCAAUGCAUGCUGGGAACUAUACUGUUUAGAACAUGGAAUUCAACCCGACGGUCAGAUGCCUUCAGAUAAAACUGUAGGAUGCGGCGAUGACAGUUUUAAUACGUUUUUCAGUGAAACUGGAUCCGGAAAGCACGUACCAAGAGCCGUAUUCGUCGACUUGGAACCCACUGUAGUCGAUGAAGUUCGAACUGGAACGUAUAAACAGUUGUUCCAUCCCGAACAACUGAUUACUGGUAAAGAAGAUGCUGCGAAUAAUUACGCCAGAGGUCAUUACACUAUUGGAAAAGAAAUUGUCGACAUUGUCCUUGAUAGAAUAAGGAAACUUUCCGAUCAAUGUACCGGUCUUCAAGGUUUCUUGGUGUUUCACUCGUUCGGAGGUGGCACCGGUUCUGGAUUCACGUCUUUGCUGAUGGAAAGGUUGUCGGUGGAUUAUGGCAAGAAAAGCAAAUUGGAGUUUUCCAUUUAUCCGGCGCCUCAAGUAUCCACAGCAGUAGUUGAACCCUACAAUUCAAUCCUGACCACUCACACUACUCUAGAACAUUCCGAUUGUGCUUUCAUGGUCGAUAAUGAAGCUAUUUAUGACAUUUGUCGUCGUAAUUUAGAUAUAGAGCGACCGACGUACACAAAUUUAAACCGUUUAAUCGGUCAAAUAGUAUCUUCUAUUACAGCUUCGUUGCGUUUCGAUGGAGCACUUAAUGUCGAUUUAACAGAAUUCCAGACGAAUUUAGUUCCUUAUCCAAGAAUUCACUUCCCGUUGGCAACCUAUGCUCCGGUUGUUUCGGCUGAAAAAGCUUAUCACGAACAAAUGACAGUGGCUGACAUAACUACAGCUUGUUUCGAGCCUCAAAAUCAGAUGGUGAAAUGUGAUCCUCGUAGAGGAAAGUAUAUGGCUUGCUGUAUGCUUUACAGAGGAGAUGUAGUUCCUAAAGACGUAAACGCAGCUAUUGCAAAUAUUAAGACAAAAAGAACGAUUCAGUUUGUAGAUUGGUGUCCAACUGGUUUCAAAGUCGGUAUCAACUACCAACCUCCGACGGUAGUACCCGGAGGCGACUUAGCCAAAGUCCAAAGAGCAGUCUGCAUGCUCUCAAACACCACAGCUAUAGCCGAAGCUUGGGCCAGAUUAGACCACAAAUUCGAUUUAAUGUACGCUAAACGAGCUUUCGUACAUUGGUACGUUGGAGAAGGUAUGGAAGAAGGAGAAUUCAGCGAAGCUCGCGAAGAUCUAGCAGCUCUGGAAAAAGAUUACGAAGAAGUAGCCUCCGAUUCUGUGGACGGUGACGAAGACAGAGAUGAGUAUUAAAAACGUGACGCAUUUAUACUUUUUUGUUGUACAUUAUCACACUGUAACACUGUGACAUUAAUUUAUGAGACUUUCAAAUCAGUUUAACUAAUUUAUAUAUACAUACGUUGAGUGUUUUUAUUUUUUUGUUUUUUUUUAAUUUGAUUUUUUAAAUAUUUUAUAACUUUGAUAUUUUUAUUUUAAUAAGACGUAUUUUUUUAAUUUCUUUGUAAGUCACACCACGUAGUAGCUCGUAGCUCUCAUUACUGUAUUUUUUUCUCUCUCUCUGUUGAUUGUACUAAUACUAUACGAAAAAUUGCAAUAUACGUACGUAGGUUCAAGAGUAGAGAUAUCGCAAUGUACCAAAUCAAUUCAGCUAUUAAGCGAAGUAUUUUAAUUGAUGAAUAAACGUUUAGUUGCCUACAA